ACUGACAAUUCAAACGCUGAGCGAGGAACAAUUCACAACUCAACUCAGAUUUAGAAGAAUUGUGCGCUGAAGAUUCAGGAAUGGCGGUCACUAAUUUCCACUACAUAACCAGGAUGAGCAGUGGUUUCAAAGUAUACAUCUUAGAGGGACAGCCCAAUCUGAGGAGCGAAGACAGAUUUCGGCACAUGACCAGCGACAGAGUGCGCAUGCGCCCCGCACACCCCAUGAAGCGCAAGCACAGUUCAGACAGAGGACGGACGCUUGAGGAGAGAAGAGAAAGGGCCCUCAGUAAGUGUGUGGCCAACAGUGCCCGCAGGUCAUCUGGGUUCAGUAUUCCUGAAAGCCCCACAUCCACAUGGAGCCCGACAGCGAGCCCCACUCACCUGAUCCCCAGCCCAGUGUUCUCCAGCCCAGUCAUGGACGAGCCUCUGGCUCUGAUCAAGAAACCACGACCAGAACCAGAGAAAACAGAGAGCCAAAACAAAGCCACAACACAAAUACAGAUGCGGCCAUCUGUCAUCACUUGCGUCUCUUCUGCAUCAAGGUCAACAAAGCAGGACUGCUGCAAUCACUCAACUGCUGUAAGCAAACACAGUUAUGACCACGUCGAAGAGCAUUUCCAGAGGAGCCUCGGCAUUAACUACCACAGAGCCACGUCCAUCAGCGUGUCUGUAGACGACCAUUUUGCCAAGGCGUUAGGCGAUAAAUGGCUCCAGCUCAAAGCAUCAUCUUCAUCCUGUCAUUCAUCCUCUUCUUCGUCAUCUUCAUCUCCACCAAGCAGUCCAACCUUCAUCCAUUCACCAGGUUACAGCCCCAAAAGGGCUCGCAAAGAUUCGAGCAGUCCAACCACAACCACACCAAACUUCUGGUCUGAUAAAUGAAGACGAGAGAAGGAAUUAGACGUAAAUAUGACACAAAAUGGACUAGAGAUGCAUGUGCAUGCAUCUCUGCUGUAUAAAGCCAAAGGCAGGUUGUUUGAUAGUCAACAGUCAAUAAGCAGGUUAAAUUAUAUUUAACCCUUUAAAAGGCAUCAUAACUGCCUGGUUGGUUAUCAUUAAAACUCAAAAUUCACUUAGAGCAGUGUCAAGAACACAAUUUAACCAAAAAGAGUGGAUGUUAAAGGGUUAAAAGGGAGAUAUUCAAUGUCUGACUGUUUUCGGCUCAUUUUAUGGUAGCUAAGCGUCGUUGGAGAAGCUUUGUCAUUGGUUUUAUGGGUUUUUUGUUGACUGUGAUUGCACUGAUUAUUGCUAGUAACAUUUCAUUCAAGCUUUCUUCUGACAAUACAUGUGUAUUUAUAUGAGACACUGUACAUGGAUUGUUUAAACUAAAAGGAGCACUGAGCAAAAUACAGCAAAACAUUACUUGGUCAGAAAGUUUUAUGUUUUUUACAUUUGAAAACAAUGCUUAAGUAAAAAAGAGGUGGAUUACUGUUAGGCAUCACUGUAUGGGCUAUUGCUGUUCAUUUCAAUGCCUGUGUAAAUUUUAAGCUUUUUAUACAAGUGUACAUAUUUGUAAUAAACCUUUUUUUAAAUGAA